AUGCGCAACAAAGUACUGGUAGGCAAGUCCUCACCUCGUCCUCACGUGCAGGUUAAUAACCACGGGCGAAUUAACUCGCCCGGCGAUGGCAUCCGUGUAGCCAUGGCGAAGAACACGAGCAAGGCGGCAAGUCCUACCGCCGCCUCCGGUGUGAGCUGUGACGUGGACGACGGAGACGAAGCGAACGAGGACGACGCCGAGGAGGAUUGGUCGGAGAACGGCCACGACGACAGCGCUUCAGGCGACGAUGUAGGUCCUGCUGACAUCGAGGAGGACGACUGGUGGAAUCGGCCGGUCGGGAGCGACGACGAGGUGGAAGAGUGGCAUGCUGGUGAUUCCGACAACGACGGAGGUAAAGAUGCGCAUGGUAACAACGCGGAGGCAGCGGCGGAUGCACAGGAAGCGGCGGUGGAUGCGAAUGAGGAGGCUGACGACGAGGCGGGGGCGGAACUUGAGACAUUUGCGCCUGCGGAUGCGGCCGCAGUUGCGGAUGCGGAAGGCGAGGAAGGCAGCGACGACGACCCAUGGAGCUUUGGGACCGACGACGACGUCCCGCUACUGAAGCGGAGGCUGCGCCAUCGCUUACAGUCCAAGUCAAAGCGGGCCCGCGUGGUGCUGUCUGACGACGACGGUCCGGGGGAGGAGCGUCGCCCGAUACUCACCGCUGCGGAGAAGGGGAAAGCCAAGGUCGCGGAAGCCCCUGCUAAGGCCCCUGCUAAAGCCCCUGCUCGUCGCCGCACAAGCAACAAGAAGCUGACAUCCGACGGAGACCCGGGAUCUAGCAAGGGUGCGGCUAAGAAGAAGGCGAAGAAGGCGCCGAAUCCUGACGACAUCGUCGUGAACGAGCCGCUGGGCAGCGACGAUGAGUACGUGGCGGCGGCGGGCCCGAUUCCCACGUUCCCUGAGAAGGACAACGGGUGGAUGGACGAGACCGCUGUGCAGACCUGGCUGUCCAAGGAGGUGCUGCCCCAUCUGAACCCCCAGCGCGGCCAGAACGCAAGGCGGGCGAUGCUGGUGUUGGACUCCUACCGCAGUCACAUCACCCAGACCAUGCUUCAGUCGUACCGCACGCACAGCAUCACCCCUGCAGUCAUCCCAGCGGGUUGUACGAGCCAGAUUCAACCCCUGGACGUCUCCAUCAACCGGUGCUUCAAAGCUGCUGUGCGAGCGCGCUACGCAAGGUGGUUCAUGCGUGAAGGGAUUCACCUGAAGACGAAGAAGGUCCCCAAGCAGAUCAUCAUCGACGCGUUCCGCCACUGUGGGAUCUCGAGCAAGCUGGACGGAACAGAGAACCACCUGGUGAUGUCUCACCUGCUCGCUAGGAGCACCACCGAUGUCUCCGCGGACAUGUCUCUCGGGGGGACCACAGGCGACAACACGCGCCUGCUCAGUCGGGCUCCAGAGGAGGAGGAGGAGGAGGCGAUGCAGGCGGAGGGCGUGCGGGAGGUGGCCGUGGCAACCGGCCUGGAGGUGUUGUACCAGGAGACCCCCAACUACCGCGGAGCGACGGCCGAGACUGACCGCAUGAUCGAGCCUAGGGAGACGGCUAGGCAUGCGUGGCGAGUGCCAAACCUGGGUGUAGAGCCUGAUGUUAGUGCAGGUGAGGAGGCGGUGACUGAGGGCGGUUAG